AUGGAAAGCAACGCCGCUGACCAGCAUGAGAGCCACCCGCCGGAGUCGCCGCUGCCGUUAGAGCUGCUGAUGGUGGUGUUUCGAUUUCUGGACCCCGGGUCUCUGAAGAACAUGGCCCUUGUUUGCAAAACCUGGUAUCGUCUUUCUAAAGACAACUCUAUGUGGAUGCAGAUAUUCAAAGAGAGAUUUAGCAAUAUCGGCUCUGUUUUUCCACGCGUGUCGCGCACAAGACUAUGGCGGACAGAGCUGAUCGAACGAGAGACGCUCAUAAAAAACUGGAAGAAAGGAAAGGGCGUUCAUAACACAUACAAUCUGGAGAGUCUUUUCUAUACUACUGAUCUCCAGUGCGACUUCAAGACCAAUAGGCUCAUAUCGUUAAACAAAAAUACCGGAAAUUUGGUGACGUGCAGCCUCAACAACGGUGCCAACGUCGAUCUGCAACCGUCCACGAUCCCCAGCGGCACUACUGCCUACGCCAUGAGCAAACACAGUAUCGUCUUUGGGAGAUGGGACAGCAAAGUGUAUGGCUCACUCCUCAACCACAAAAACAUACUUCUAUCCGGAAUCAAAGAAUUCAAAGGAACGGGCCAUCGAGGGAUGGUUACGUGUGUGAAUGUCAACCAAACUGAGCUGGGUAAAGAGGGUAAAAUAGGAGCAAUCACAGGGGACGAGAACGGAACUAUUGUGGGCUGGGACCUAAAGAAAGGUGCACAAGUUGCACAGUGCAAAAUCUGCGAUGCGACAAUCGCUAAAGUCGACUCGGACUACAAAGAUGUGAUUGUGGUUCUAGAUACCCAAGGAGCGCUAUAUGUGGUGAGGAAUAUGUUUAGUGUUUUUGACUGCACGCCUCGGGUGCACGAGCUACAAGUCUCACUUGAGAUGAGUCCGCAGAAUGUGAUGUUCAUGAAGAUGUAUGUUGAUUACGGAGACUGCAAUAUCGUCCUGAUCGACGAAAAUGCAGUGGAAAUUAUAUCCUAUAGAGACAACCUAGUGAGAAGGUUUGUCACUGACGAGACAAUUUACAAAUCCAGCCUGGAGCAAAAUGGUACCGCGCUUACCAAAAGGGACGCCGAGCUGGUGGGAACAGACCCGCUGUUUUUGGCAAUUUUGUUGAAAUCGGGAAGAGUGCUGGUAUUCAAUGUUCGUGCAUAUGAGUAUCAAAUCCGGCCAGUUCUAGAUAUCCUUCCAAGGCUGGCCUACGAGGACGACGAUUACCAGAGGGUUGUCGCAAUAAACCAGAACGUGGACUUACCAGCUCUAUCAGAGGUUGCGAUAAACUCGUUGGUGGUUGCAGUAGGAUCUUACAAUGGAAAAAUCGAAUUCUACGAUAUCACUACUGGCGAGUUCUUCAGAAAAAUAGCCAUCAAAUCGAGCUCGAAAAUGCUUCAGCAAGUGGGCAGCCAGCUGCUUCCGAUCACCAAUAUUGUAAUGGACCAGUCGCUGUCCGCUGGAGUAGUCGCCUAUGGCUCUAUGGUGCAGUUUUUCAAGUUUGGUGACUUCUACAAAGAGCUAGAAGCAAAACGCAAAAGAAAGAACUUCAAAGAACGCAAAUACAGCAAUAAUCAUAUCAAGGAAGCUAUUAAGGACUACGAAUACGAGCUUCAAGAAGAGGCACAGACCGUUUCGAGAAUCCAGAAGUACAACGGAGACCAUCUUGAAGACUCUGACGAAGAGCUUCAAAUGGCUUUGGCUCUGAGCAUGUCAAUUAAUGAAACUUCUGUUGACUCACAAGAACAGGAUGAAGAUCUCCUAGUGGCAAUAGAAUUGUCCAAACAGAUUAUUUGA